GUUUGUCCACACUCUGUCACACCUCUGGCCACCCUCGGCUCUGUCUGCCCCAUUCCAUCUGUGGUGGGCUGCAGAAAAAGAAAAGGAAAAGGGGGUCCUCUCUGUCCUCGAAAGAGGCGAGGGACCGACCUCGAUCAGGCCAUCUAUGACCCUUCAACUACAAUGAAUAGAACACCCUUGCCUUCAAUAAUGUGAGUGAAUCUUGUUUUUUUUUUAUAAGCAUUUGUCAAUUUGUGUUUUCUGACAGCCAAUAAGAUCCAUUUAGGCCACCCCUCAAACGAACUUAGACCUUGUUAUAUAAAAUGCUUUGCUUAUAAUAGCAAAAUAAUGUCUAAUGUCAAGCUAAAAAAAAAAAAAAAAACACCUGACUCAUUCACUUCCUGUUUUGCGAUGUUGCUGGGUUUAUUUUGAAAAAGCACACCAACAUAGGAAGAUGGGGGCUUUGUAUUUUUGUUCCUCCAGUGGUUCGUAUCGGUGUGGAGUUUAUCAAGAAGAUUUCUCAGCUGCAGAUAAGAAACUGUACAAUUUACUUUCUGAGGCAACCCAUGAUUAAUUUCUUGGUUUGUACUGUACUGUUCCAUUAAUCUUUAUUUUUAUGCAGUUACACAAUUAGACACCACUAGAUAUGACACAAGUAGCGGUCAGGAGUUGAUUGGUGGAGGAGGUGGCUGACAUUAUAGGCUACAGAGAAUUAAACUUGAUCAGAAACUGAUAUAAUUCAAGUCUGUAACAAAAAGCAGUCAAGACCCAACUGUGAAUCACAGACGGGUUUUUGUAACGUUUAUUGAGCCAAGGCACAUCUCAAAAACCUCACAGCACACCACCUAAUAAAAAAAGUGGAUAAAACAGGUUAAUUAUGAAAGUGGGCAGGCUGGUCCACGCAACAGGAGAUGAGUUUAGAAAGCAUGGAACAACUAGGUUGAACGUCAACAAGUUACAUUCUGGUAUUGAGGAAAUUACAAGAAUCUUAACCAAUUCAUUCGUGAGAAUGAGGAUGUUUUGUCCAUUCUAGGCGAUUUUAAGCAAUUUUAAAGAGUGUCAAAAGUUGCAAUGUAAAUUAGAUGAUUAUCAAACACAUUAAGGAAUGAAAGGAUUACUGUGUUAAUUUUAAGAAUUUGGUUUGCAAGAAAUGUGUCCUUUGUUUGUUUGUUGUUCACUUGGUGUCAUACCAGUUUAGAUUUUGGGGAAAUGAUCAUAGAGGUGAAGAGUUCAUGGACUAUUUUGCCAAAAGGUUUUGCCUGUCUGCUUUGAGUCAGAAAAGUCCUGAUCUUAAUCCAUAGUGUUUAAUAAGACGUUGGUACACCCACUGCAGUUCUGAGACUCUUCUGGAAAGGCUUCACAAAAGGUUUCGAGAGUGUGUUUAUGACCAUUUUUCCAGACACAUUUGUGAGGUUACACAAUGAUAUAGAAGAAGAAGGCAUGACUCUUAUUCAUCGAAAAGUGUUCUAUAGCACGGGUGUUGAACUGUUUUUUGUCAUGGGCCACAUUGUAGGGCCGGUUUCCCUCGGGGGGCCGUUAUGACUGUGAAACAAUAAAACCGUUUCACCAUAUUAGACACAUUAUAUGUGAGGUAGUUUUAGAAUCAGAAAUCGAGGGGAAUGGGUUUUUCAACUAUUCAUGUUUGGUAACACAAAAAAAGCUUGUAAUAUGUCAAAGUUAUCAUUUAUGAAAUGUGACAGUUUGAAAUUUUGGUACAGAUGUUAACCAAAAUCAUCGAUGUUGAUCGACGAUUUGCCUUUGCGGGCCACAUAAAAUCAUGUGGCGGCCCGGUUCUGGCCCCCGGGCCUUGAGUUUGACACCUGUGUUCUAUAGGGUUGAGGUCAGGAUCGUGCAGGGCAAUCAAGUUCUACCACACCAAACUCUCUCAUCCGUGUUUUUAUGAACCUUAAUUCCAUCUCGAAGUGAUUUUGGAUGGUCAAACGGUGAGUCGGGAAAUUCUCAUCCAACAUCAAUGUGGGACUUCUUGGAAGAACGCGCAGACAUUCCCAAAAAUGCUCCUCCGAAAGCUUGUUGAAAGCCUUCCCAUCAGAUUUGAAACUGUUACAGCUGCAAAUUGCAGCCCAACAUGAUAUUAAACCAUUAUGGAUUUAGAAUGGGAUAUCACUUAAAAUCACAUGUGAGUCAAGGCAGGUAAGCAAAUACUUUUGGCAAAUGCAUGUAUCGGAGAGGAAGGACACAAAUACACGCUUCCACCAUACAGCGAAGACAUGAUACCGUCCCAGAGGAGGCUUUUUCCUGUUUUGACGGGCACAGGUCAACCCAUGUUUGCUACCAUUUAGUUUGCUUUGUUUGUUAAGCCAUUCAUCACUAAUCAAGUGAGACAAUAAUGUAACAUCCGUGUGAGCAUCCACAUGCAAAGGUCACGCCUACUGAGGAAUCUCAUAGUAAUUUCCAUUCCAUUCUCAUUUAACGGAUGUGGAGAUUUUGUGCUAUAAUGGGCAAUAUCUUCAACAAGCUCCUUCCAAAGAGCCAAAUGCAGAAUCAUUGGCACAAGAGGUAAGUUGAUUAUUAUUCAAAUCAUUAUUUCUAUCACUAAUACUUUGUGUGUCUUCAUUUGGGAAAUUUGGGUUACAAGUAGGAAGUUGUACUUGAACUGUCAUUUCCGUUUUCAGUUUUUCAGAGACAAAGUUGAUGUUCGGCUGCUAAAUUCCUGAAUGAAAAAAAGAAGUAGAUGUGGCUUUUGUUCUCCGCCGGCCCACUUGUGUAGUCUGUGAAUCUGCGAGUGAGGUUUGAGUAGGAAGUACCCGGCUGCGUUGUGUACACUGGACAUUUGUUCUACAUCUGUUUCAAACAAUGGCUCAAAACACGUGCACGGAGGAUCGGAUACAGCACGUCCUUGAACGCUGCCUCUGUGACCUUGAAUUAAACACUCCUGACAAGCAACUCUGGAACGCCGGACUGUGCAUGAACCGCUGGUGCUUGGAGGAACUUGUGAUGAGAGAUCCCCACAACUUCCCCUUUCUUCUGCAUACAAUUCUGAAGAAAACAAAGGAGGUUCUUGUGCAAUGUCAGUACGAACUGGUGGUCCCUCUUACGCUCCUGUUUUCCUCCACACUUUUAAAAACACCUUACCUUGACCCAGAUUGUGAUGUGCUGUUGGAGGCCUACCUGCUCUUCCACCAUUUCUUGUCCUGGCCAGAUCCUUACUGCACCGCCUGCCGACGCCUGCUAAAUAUCAUCUAUAGUGAACUCAGAGCACCGGGCAUAACAUUCCAAAGACUGGUGAGGACAGAGCAAGGCAUUUCCACUGAGAACCAACACACCAAAACUAUGAUAGUUCUUUUAAUAAGUCCAGAUGAAGACAUUCCACCUGAGGUCCAGUCAGUUUCCAAGCAGCUGAGUGUCAGCCAUCAGUCCAAGCGGGACAUCACCAUCACCCUCAUACUGCACAGCUUCCAGGCUGCUCUGGGCUCCAAAGUCCACCUAGAGAGACUCUGCCAUGCCUUGCAGACAAAAGAGCCUGCUGAGCUGGAGCAGCUACUGGAGACAGUAACUUGCUGCAUGGAGACAGCAGCCUCCACAGCAGAUCUCGGCACUGCCAGACAAAGUCUUCUCCAGACUGUAGAGCAGCUCCAGCAAAGCCUUAUUCCCACAACUGCAGAUGACUACUUGGAUACAGAGUUUGCUGAGACUUUUGCGCUGCCCUUUCCCAAAUGUCACACCAGCUUCUGGGAAAACGACAAUUUUGAUUUUCUCAAUAAUAUUCUGAUGAGGGAAUGCUACGUGGAUUUACCACUGGCGCGUCUCCAAAGAGAUGAAGCUCAGAGCACUGACAUGGAUUUGGAGGAAGACCUCAUGCAGAGAAAUGAAGAGGAUCCGGGCUCGGAGAACUAUUGUAUCUCCACGGCCUCGUCGUCUUCAAGAGACUCAAUGUUGUCCGGUUACUGUCCCUCUUCCAGCUGCUCUGUGUCCGCAACAUGCAGCUCAUCAGGUGUGGAAAGUGACUUCAGUGAAGAUACAAGAAAUGUAGUCAUCGAUGAGAGACAAAAGAGUCAGUCGAAGCUCAGAAAGAAACCCAAGAAGAAAUCCAAAAGCCUCAUAGGCAUAGAGCACUUCUCCUGGUUCCUCAAAAACCCACGCGGUCUUGGCACACAGCUAAAACAAUCCCAAUCGAAACACAAUCACCUUCUACAUGAAUUUCGUGGGUCCUCUCCUCUCUCCAGAGAAGAUCCUCCCUCCCCACAGAAGCAUCUUUGCAUCCGCAGAAGGCCCAUCUUGAGCAGCAACGAAACCGACGGGGCACAGGCGGCUACUCUGGUCCGAGUACUGGUGUUCGGCCGGGACAGGGAGGCCGGGCGGCUCGCGAGGGCUUACAGCGACCUGCAGCAGAAAGAGGCUAAAUGUCCCCGACUCACUGAGAUGUGUAAGUUGCAGUUUUACUUUGUCCCCACGAAAAGGACAUUCGGCGGAAAGCCGAGAAAAAGGCACUCGUCAACUGAAACUGGAUGUUCAAUUAAAGAUGGCUCUUUGCCCAAUGGUAUCUCCCAGGAGGACAGCAGUGCAGUUUUAGCGCAAAUGUUGGGAACGAUGGAUCCCUGGUAUGAUCGCAGCAUCCACAGUCUGCUCAGUCUGUCCUCAGACGUCCUUUGCCAGCCUGCACGGAAGGAAGAAUACAUCCCAGAGGACAAUGGCAGAGUGCAGCAUCUUCCCUUGAUGGCUGACAUGGUUCUUUACUACUGUAGACAUGCAGACCAACCUGUCCUGGUGCAACUCUACAGGGCUGAGCUGACCCUCUCUGGCGGAGAGAAGAGGACUGAAGUGUUUAUUCAUUCAAUUGAGCUCGGACACACGGCUGCAACCAGAGCAGUCAAAGCCAUGGGUGCUGCCAGCAAGAGGUUCGGAAUUGGUGAAGAGAGCGUGGCUGUCCCCUUGACACUAAGUGUUGCCUAUAAUAAGGUGGCCUGCAGUGGAAGAAGUCAGUGGACCCGAGCAGAAAUCCUCUGCACCUCGAUCAAUAUUCACAAAACCCCCAGAAAAACUGAACAUAUAGAGUCUCGAACUGAAAGCUUGCGGCUGUCAGUGUCGGAGGUCACAAAGAAAUACUGUGCCAAGUCUAAAAAGAGCAAGAGCCAGCAUUCCUCUGAAUCAGAGGUGAACGUCAACAGAGUUGAGGUGAGGAGUGCGAAUCCCGGGACAACCUUCGUUGUGUGCCUGGAUCAAGACGAACGGAAGUUCCUACAAAGUGUUACCAGGCUUGACGUGUCUUUGUGCUGCAAACCAGGAAGCAGUUCAGACUGGAAGUCUUGCAGGUUUUCACCCGGCCAAGUCCGGCCGCUGCACCCAUCUUACUGCUCCAUGCUUUGCCUUCCCCUCAACUCUUUUUCUGCUUCAUACUGAUGAUGAUUAUUUUUAUUAGUAGUAGUAUUAAUCCACUUUUAUUCAUAUGGUCAUUGUCUAAAAAUACAUAUUUGUUGUUAUUAUAUUUUUUUUAAUUAUUAGUGUUGUUGUUGUUGUUGUUGUGAUCACCGGUCAAGAUUUUUUUGUAAUAUUGUCACAUCCUUAUAAUGCCGAAAGGUUCAACAUACAUUCGAGAUGUAGCAGAUUAUUUAUACAUUAUUUAAUAUAUUUUUCAAAAGUGCUAUAUUAAAAAAUCUGAUAGGUUAUUUUUAUUCUUUUUUUUAGAUUUUCUAUGAACGCUUGUUUUUAAAGCUAUUUGUGGGAUUGUGUUUCAUCUAGUUUGUCUCAAACGCUGAAUAAAAUAGUUAUCUUGGG